CUCACGGUCAUGGCGCAUCGGCUCUACUGGCUCGGUGCGCUGCUCCUGUGGGGCACGCUGAGCGAUGGGUGGGCACAGCCAUCCGUGACGCUGUCCUGCGGGCGCACGCUUCACGGGCUGACUCACCUAAACCGCCACUCUUACUACGGUAUACCCUUUGCCGAGCCUCCUGUGGGCCCACGCCGUCUGCAACCCGCCAAGGUCAAGGCCUGUCCAAACACCGACCUAAACGCCACCCACUAUGGCAGUGCCUGUCUGCAGCAAGAUACGUCCUUUGCUCGACCGCAGUCUGAGGACUGUCUCAACUUGGACAUGCACGUCCCACUCGGGGACCCCGCCGCCGGAGCGACGACGUGGCCCACACUCGUAUGGGUGUAUGGUGGCAGUAACACGGGCGGAUCAACAAACGAUUACAUGGGGCUCACCAACAUUGUGCCAUUGGCCGAGGCAUGCGUCGUUACUAUGAACUAUCGUACCGGGGCGUUGGGCUUCUUGGCGGUUGAUGCCCUGGUGGAGGGCGACGAACGCCGUACAGCGGGUAACUACGGUCUUACCGAUAUUGUUGCCAGCCUCGAGUGGGUCCAGGCCAACGCCAACGCCUUCCGCUGCUCGACCAGCAACGUCACUAUCUACGGCCAAUCCUCUGGUGGCACCAACAUUUUGGCGCUGCUAACCAAUCCAGCCCAUGUUGGCUUGUUCUCGGCGGCCUAUGCUCUGUCUGCCUCCACCCGUCAAGACUUUUCACGCGAGCAUGCCGCCUCGAUGCAAAUGCCGUACCUCAACGGCACGGUCUGUCGAGACCUUCAAGGCUUCGCCCUUGCUCACUGCCUUCGCGCCGUAGCUGAUCCCCGCGACUUGAUCAUGACCAUGCCGGAUAGUUGGGACCUGGGGAUCCAUGAGGUGGCCCCAGGGGUACCCAAUGACCACAAUGAAAACUUUGUGCCGCUCAACAUUGUCGAUGGCGUCACCGUGCCCAUGACCUUGCAAGCCGAGUACGCCAUGGCGCUAUCGAGACCGUAUGCGCUCGACUUUGAAGAGCCUGCAAUCCCAUACCCCUUUCAUUUAUGGGAUUGGAUAGUCCUGCAGGCUGCCUGGGACAUGUUUUUGCCCGUGUAUCAACCCAGCACCGAGGAGACAAGGGCACAUGAUUUGCUGGUCCAAUUCCUACAUACCUUUGCACGGGGUCAAAGCACCUUGGCACCCUUCAACGAUGGGGUGGUCAAUGUGAUUGACAACACAACACAGGGCAUCCUCACCCCACAAAGCCAGUACAAGGCGGCGCGCUGCGCCCGGCUCGUGGAGCUUGGCAUCAACGCGUCGUACUGGUGGAUCAACUGAUAGUGUCCCUGUCAUCUGCCCCCUACUCUUCUUCUCCUCAUGCGAGACAGCCUCCCAACACGUCAUGGUUCUUCUUCACCUACCCGCUCCAAAGCCUCCUCGAAUCAAUCAAUUUGAAAGCC